AUGCGGAUCUCCAUACGGGAGCAACUUGCGUUGCUUGUUCUCUUCUGCUCUCUCACUUCGGUGAUGGUGCUUGCGCUCGCAGUCUGGUUCCAGAACUACAACUUCAUCAAGAGCAUCCGACUGUCUGGGUUGUCAUUAACGGCUUCUCUCAAAGCAGCUCAAAUUUCGAAUUCCCUCGUUCUCUACCAGUCGCAGGUGAAUGCGGUUUCCACGAGGAUCUUGAUCCAGAGCGCUUUCGGGAGAUAUUACAAUGGUAACACGUCCGAUGACAACUGGGUGCGCUCUCAAAGCGAUCUGCAGGGUGCCCUGGCGGACGGUUCCCUCCUGGUGCAGGCGUCACUGUUUCCUAACGUCGGCGAGGGUGGUUCGAAUACAGCCGAUGCGCUCCUCAAUGUCACAGCAGCCGGGCUCUCCCCCGUCAAGCUACCCUACAAGUACACCAAUGGCUCCGAUGUCUAUCUGGGCGAUCCAGGUCCAGGAUACCCGCCUUCACUGUAUCCCAAUCUAACCUACGGCGCCAAAGUUUCGGGGAAAAAUUAUUCAACCGUGUCAUAUGAUGGUGAAACCAUAAGUCCAGGGUCACCCUUAUUCAUAGGUCCUAUGGCUAUCAAUGAGUCGUAUUCGCUCUUGUCGGUGACGGUUGCCAUCAUCAACAACACGUCUCGGUCUGAUGUAUUGGGGUGGUUAACUGUCCUGGUCAAUUGCGAAAUGCUCUAUAAUGUUCGAAACUCGCCCGAGGGUUUGAGUUCCUCAGGCGAGAUGCUGCUUGUAGGUCCAGAUACCACGUACAACUAUUUCGACAUGAAGAUACGAGGUUCGUCACCGGAACAAGCGAGCAACGAAUUGGUACGAUUUGUGCUCCCUCCUUUGAACAACUCUGUACCCGACCACCGGCAUCAGCUUAGAGCAAGUGUUGAAAACGCUACUAUACCGUUCAAGAUGUCAUCAUAUCCAGCAGUUUUAGCGGCGUGGACGAAAAAUAACGAUGCGAUCAAUAACGCCGGAGCAUAUAUUUCCACCCACAACGAGGACAACCACAGGGUUUCCGUAGGAUAUGCUACCAUCUCCAAUACCCUGGUCGACUGGGUUGUCCUCGUGGAGCGGUCCCAUGGAGAAGUGGUUGCACCGAUCAAUCAUUUACGCAACGUUGUCAUUGCUUGUGUUUUUAGUGUCACUGGAUUUUUACUCUUCGUCAUCUUUCCAGUCGCACACUACUCCAUCACCCCCAUUCGACAGCUGUAUGCCGCAACAGCGAAGACUGUCGAGCCUUAUCAGCCCGACGAUGCCAGCGCCUACUCUAGUUCAACAAGCGGUCCAAAUGCCGACGGGGUCGAAGACGUUCGGGAGUUGCCAGAUACGACUCUUGCCAGGAAAGAGGGCUUCUUUGGUGCUUUUUCCAAGCGCUCAAAAUCCCGGCCACCUUCACAGACUUCCACCCCUCGAAGGGGUCGCAGGAUUUUCAGAAUUCCGCGGAAGGUACCCGAACGCAAACAUUGCGUGACCGAUGAACUAACUGAUCUAACCCGGACUUUCAACGAAAUGUCAGACGAGCUGGUCAUGCAUUACGAACGUCUGGAGGAAAGAGUAAAACAGCGCACUGCAGAGCUCGAGAAGAGCAAAAAGGCUGCAGAGGCGGCUAAUCAAAGCAAGACUUUGUUCAUCGCGAAUAUUUCGCACGAGUUGAAAACGCCGUUGAAUGGUAUCCUCGGACUGACUACAGUUUGUAUGAAUGAAGACGAUCUGGGGAGAAUCCGCUCAACCCUCAACACAAUCUACAAGUCUGGCGACUUGCUCCUCCAUCUACUCACCGACCUCCUGACAUUCAGCAAAAACGAAGUUGGACAACAACUGUCUAUUGAUGAAGCCGAAUUUAGGCUGAGCGACUUGAGCACUCAACUACUCCCGAUUUUCGAAAAGCAGGCUCGGGAAGCUCAAGUUGACCUCAAAGUCCUGUUUUUAGGCACGAGCGAUGCAUUUGGCGAUGCUUCUGACUUUUCUGGCGACAAACUAUAUGGUCCUGGUGGUACAGGCCGCGUUCGAGAUAUGUGUCUUUGGGGUGACAAAAACCGAAUUUUGCAAGUUCUGAUGAACUUUGUCAGCAACAGUCUAAAAUUUACGCCGCCACAUGGUUCCGUGACCGUUCGUGUCCGCUGUACCGGUUUGUUCGACCACGAGCUCAGUAGAGCAGGCAGUGCUCGCAAGUCAUCUCUCAAUUCGCGAAAGUCGAGGAAUUCUAGUAUCAAGAAAGUUCGCAUGUCGGAUAGCUCACUGUCUCCUCAAGAUAGCGUCGACCAAGAGAAAGGUCAUACCAAUAACAACGCCUCAAUUGAAGAAUCGAAACUCAGCAUCAACGUAGCAGGUGGCACGACACACAUCCACAAAGUUGCCGAACGGCAAAGGUCCAUGUCGCCACCACCCAUCAACACAAAAGAUCUCAGCUUCGAAUUUGAAGUCGAGGACACUGGCCCGGGAAUUCCUCCCGAACAACAGAAGAAAAUCUUCGAACCCUUUGUCCAGGGCGAUUUAGGCUUGAGCAAGAAAUACGGAGGCACUGGGCUUGGGUUGAGUAUUUGCGCUCAGUUGGCGGCACUCAUGGGCGGUGACAUCUCCUUAGACAGCGCUGUCGGUGUUGGAAGCAAGUUUACUAUGCGCAUUCCUCUGCGGUAUGUGUCGGAGCGGUCACCUUCAAUGGCAUCCUCGACACACCGGUCCCACUCAAAAGCAAGCAGUCUUGUUGGGCAGGCUUUACACGAUACUGGUGACAUUACAAACAACCUCAACGGCUCUUCGACAUCUCUCGGGUCGACACGGAAUGAUUCCCUUGCCGAUGUACCAAGAAUUGUCGGCUUUACACAGCCAUACGUGGCGAAAGAGAGCAAAAGCGAGUCCCGAGAGGCAAAAAUCAACGAAAUGAAAAAGGUUGAGAAUGAAGCCGUUGAAAAGGGUCGGAAAGUUCGAGUGCUUGUUGCCGAAGACAACAAGGUCAAUCAAGAAGUCGUACUCCGCAUGCUCCGCCUGGAGGACGUUUAUGAUGUGACCAUUGCCAAAGAUGGACAAGAAGCUUUCGACAAGGUCCGAGAAUCGAUGCACAGCGGAGCACGAUUCGAUUUGGUCUUCAUGGAUGUGCAGAUGCCGAACCUUGACGGUAUACAGUCAACGAAACUGAUUCGUGAAAUGGGAUUCUCGGCUCCAAUUGUGGCAUUGACGGCAUUUGCUGAAAAGUCCAACGAGGACGAGUGCAUGGCAUCUGGGAUGGACUAUUUCCUCGCCAAACCCAUCCGCAGACCGGCCUUGAAACAGGUUUUGAAGAAAUACUGUGCGACUAUACCAGAAGAGGAAGGCGAAGGCAGCUCAACGGCCGUACCUCGAUUAAACACCUCAACAGCAGUGAAUGGUCACCCUGUGCUACCCUCCAAGGUCAACAAUGGAGAUGUACACGUGAUUGACCCUGACGAUGUGUCUCCAUUGUCAUAA